CUCCCCACGACAAGCCCCAGUGCCGGGGAACGCAAGCACCCACACGGGUCGCACUCCUAAGUCUGAACCUCUCGCCUCUCACCUUCCUGACUUCCUACCCUGAGGAGACAGGCACAACUUGAGACUCCGCCCUGAGGGUCCUUCAGGACAGGGGCAGCCAUGUCACAGUUCUCCACCAUGACAACCAGAGAGAGGAAAAUGCAGGCGGCAGCAAUCUGCAGGGAGGUUCAAGCCCAGGAAGAUACAGAGAUGGAUCUUGGGAAGAAAGUCAAUGCGCCUAAGGACAUCAUGCUGGAGGAGCUGUCUCUUACCUCAAACCGGGGCUCUCGUCUCUUCAAAAUGCGCCAGAGACGCUCAGAAAAAUACACUUUUGAGAGCAUCCAGAAUGAAAACAACCAGCAGCUCAAUAACAUAAUGGUUUCUCAGACUGAGAAUGGGAGUGCCACGGACAGCCGCAGCGGCAAGAACAACAUGGAUGUCGACCAAUCGCCUACAGUGUCAUCUGACACACCAGAUAGAAGCAUGGUGCCAAAUCCAGACAGCAUCGCUCCGGGGUACGGAGGUCCUUUGAAAAACAUCCCUCCAGAGAAGUUCAACCGUACAGCUGUACCAAAGUCCUACCACUCACCCUGGGAGCAGGCCAUCAUCAGUGACCCGGCCUUGGCUGACACGCUCAACACCCACAUGCCCGAGCCAGAGCCCCAACCUGACCUACCAGGGUACAAAAGUUUCAACAGGGUGGCAACCCCGUUUGGUGGCUUCGGUAAGGCACCCAGACCUGCUCCCAUCAAGUCCCUCCAGGUGGAACCCCUCCCUGACUACCCAGAGCUCCAGGGGGACGCGACAGUCAACAGACCCUCCUUCAACAGAUCUGCUCUGGGGUGGGUGUCGGUGGGCGAUCCAGUCCCCUUCCCUGCUGUUUCCGUUGAGCCUCUGCUCAUCCCUGAGUCAGAGGACCUUUGAUCCCAUAAUGAGGUCACACAGAGAUGCUGUCUACUUAGUUGCUGCACCAGACGUUAUGGUGGGCAGGUUAACAGUUAGGACAGAACAGAGUCAGGGUGAAAGAAAGUGUUAAGUUACCAUGUAUGCAGCAUGCCUUGUUUUUUCAGGGAUGUUUACUAUUGCACAAAUGAAUUAAUCAUCCUGUACGGUAGGCAGAGACACUACUGGAAGUAAUGGAAUUUAUUGUAUAUUAAUGUGCAUAAGAGUAUUUUAUCUUGCAGACACAAGUUUUUGCUCAAUAAAAUGGUGUAGAAUGCAACAAGUCCAA